AUGUCGGACUCCCCCCAAUCUCCUCCCAAGGAUGUCGACCAAGGUGUACAAUCACCGGAAGAGGAACAAAUGAACGAGGCUCAAGACCCACAGUCCGGUGGACUCACCUAUGAGUUCGAGGUCAAGGAGCAGGACCGCUGGUUGCCCAUAGCCAAUGGUGCUUCCGGCGGCGAGAAGUACGAUGAACUUGACGCUAAUAUACGAAACUUUGCUCCAGUCGCCCGCAUCAUGAAGAAUGCGCUCCCUGAAAACGCAAAGAUCGCCAAGGAAGCGAAAGAAUGCAUGCAGGAAUGCGUCAGCGAGUUCAUCUCGUUCAUCACGAGUGAGGCCUCGGAGAAGUGUCAUCAGGAGAAGAGAAAGACGGUUAACGGAGAAGACAUUCUAUUCGCCAUGACUUCUUUGGGGUUCGAGAAUUACGCAGAGGCCCUCAAGAUCUACCUCUCGAAAUACAGAGAACAAUCCCAGUCCAACAGGGGAGAAACCUCCCACCGUCCAGGCAGCAGUGGCUACGGCGCCAACCCGCCAACCGGAGCAGGAAGUUUCCAAGCCGAGCCACAAAACAGCGUCCUCGGAGGCCAGCAAGGAGAUGGCACCGCCGACGCUCAGGGCUACAUGUACGGCGCGCAGACAGGGCACAAUGGUACCGGCGGUGCCGACGGCUACCAGUAA